AUGUCCUCAAGGCUUCGUCCCAGAUCGGCUUCCCUGAAGGCCUUGCCUCCAGAUGCGCCAUGCAGUCCUCCCAUCGAGGUUGCUGGGCUGGCGGCGGGACAUUGGAAUGUGAAUCCAAAGGAAAAGCCCGGAUCUGGACAGCGCCACCGUCCAUUGAAGAGUGUUUCGCUCAAGUUGGCCAAAGGCGAGAGCAGUCCCACGGCAUCCACGCGUUCCAAUUCCGCAGGCGCCGCAGGCGCCACAUCCGGCGAUUUGUUCUUGGAUGCAAGGCAGUGUGCCAGACAGGCGCCUGUCUCAAACAACGGGCAAACUGCUCAUGGGAGCGGCGAGGCACCAGGGCAAUCUUGCCAGUCGCAAUCAGGGAGAUCUGGUCAGGCCAGCAGGAGCCGAGUUCAAAAUGGCUGCGGAGACAAGAUGGUGUCCACUGCUCCAGCAGCUGUUGGGAGGCCUCCCCCUCCACCGAAGCCUCCCAGCUCCGGUGAGGUUUCAUCGUCCUCAAACCGGCUGGCACAGCGGCUCCAAGAGGAUGCCAGGUCACGCUCUCACGACGAGGACGGCAUGACCCGCCCGAGCAGCGCCUCCUACCAGCGGGCAGCUGCAGUCUAUGCCUCCUUGCCAAAAACACCAGGUGGGACGAGAACACUCGUCCCAGACGCGGAUGGUUUCAUCUUUCGCCCCAGCGUUGAGGCAGAGCCGAAGCCAAUGCCGCGUGGACGGCCAAGACCGGUCAGUCGCGGGCUGGCUUCGCUCGUAGCCGGGGCACCAAAGGCGCCACUUCAACUUCCAGUUCCUGGUGGUGACAGAAAGGCUGAAGACGUGCCUCCACCUCGAAUUGCCUGGAGUGAAGGAGUUGAGGCGAGUCCUGCAGAUGCAGCUGCGGACGCAGCUGCGGACGCGGCUGCGGAUGAUGUGCUGGCUGCAGCUGCUCAGAUCCGACGAGAAUGGCUGGCAAGACAGCUCAUGGGGGACCCAGAGGUAUCAGAGGCUGCUCCAGAGGAUGACCAGGACUCGGAUCGAUGGCACCUCAGGACCGAGGAUGGGCGACGAUCCCUGGGUGAGCUCGAGAAGAGCUUGGCAAAGGCAAAGCAGCGGGCGGAGAGGAACCGGCGAGAGCUCACCGGCUACUUGGAAGCACUGCGCAACAAGACCUUCCAGGCUGAUGAUGUGGAAGUCGCGGCAGAAGAGGAGCUCUUGGUGUCGCUUCCAGCAGAUUUCGAGGAUGUCGUUGACAUCAAUGCGUCCCUCACUGCGGGAAGGAGGAAGUCCAAGCGCAGACCGCUUCGGGAGACAGGAGCCGCCGGAGAAAGCAAGCCAACUCCCUCAGGCGAUGGCGAAGAUGGGGGUCGCAACGAAGACUUCAGGCUGCCCGCCUUCUUGGAGAAGUAUUUCUUCGAAGAGAAGGCAGUCGAAGAGUUGCCGAUCGUGCGCCUGCAGGCAGAGGAGGCUGUCGGCAGCAGCGAGGAGUCUGCUGUGGAUAAGGUUGCAAGGCAAAUCGCCAGGCUAGAUGCCCUCUUGGCAAGACGAGAGGCUGAUGGUAUGGUCCGCCUCAAGGCUUCCAAAGCUGAGCUUGAGGCGACGAAGGAUCGCUUGAGAAGAGAAAGCGAGAAGUCGGAAGCCGAAAAGGGAGAGUUGCUGAGGCAGCUGAAGGAAAGAGGCUUCCUGCGCAGUACCACCUCGAGAGCAACGUCCGCCGCUUCUUCGGUGCAGCCUAGCCGAACUAAUUCACUGGCCCCAUCGGGUGCUGCGACGCCGUCAUCCAGUGAGGCGCUGGUUGACUGGAGUGUUUGGGAGUCUUCUGCUGAGACGGAAUCUUCGCCAGCACAGUGCAUGAGUGUUUCCCCCGCUGAACCACCACUGCGGCAGGAAGCUGAGGACGAGCCUGACACAACCUUCUCACUCACAUCAGAAACGGCAGACCUGUCGAGUCUCGCAGGUCGACGCAAUGCUUCCAAGGGGACUUCCAAGGCUUCACACAAGUUGGAGCCUGUUCUCGAGGACGUCGCCGAUGAAGACAGGAAAGGUGCCGCGGAUGCAGAAGGUGCUUCGCCAGAAGAGCUGGCAGAGCUCCCGAUGUUGGCCGAGGACCCCUACAAUUUGGAGGCACUUCGUGCCAUUGACGACAAGCUGGCGCUGCUGGUUCCAGAAUCUGAGUGGGAGGCAAAGUCUAUUCGAUCCCUCCAUGCUGGAUCCGAGAUCUCCGCAGCAGGCCACUCCAAGACCUCACAGCCAUCUGUCCGUUCAAGCGCUCUGAGCUCCAGUGCGCUGCCAGGUGAGCCGCUCCUGCGCGAGCAGCACGAAGAUCGGGAAAAUCGCAAAGCGCUACUUGCUAUCGAUGAUCGGAUCAGCCAGCUGCAGGACGAGGGGAGGAGACCCUCCGGACAUUUGCAGCCAGAGCAGCUCCAGCAGUUGCUGCUCCAGGCAGCAGCCAUGCAGCCAGUGCCCGAUGUGGAUGACAAAGUAUUGUCUCUGCAGGUGGGAGACUUGAGCGGCUUGGGCAUUUUGGCCACACGAAAGCAGCCGGACGCGCUUGAUGUUGAUGGGCGUCUCUCCAAAGCAAGAGAAAUUCUGGCCAGGCUGGAACAGAGCAAAGACGAUCUCGACGACGCUGCUUUUGAGGCGAAGUCUAGCUGGAAGGAAGUCGAAGAGAGCGUCCGUGAGCUAGAGCAAAGCCGUCCGACCCACAUGGAGGCAGCAGAACCGACAGCCCCGACAGAUGCUGAUGGCCCGGCAGAGCUGUCCAUUUGGGCGACAAGACUUGAGGAUCUCGCAAAGGAAGCUUCAGAGGUGGCAGCAAAUGGGGUCCCUGCGGCUCGUGGCACUCUGCCUGCGGUGGAUGUGGAUGCUUUCGUGAGGGGAGAUUGGGGGUCGGCGGAGCUUCUGGCCAUUCCAACCUUGUCCAGUGCCGGCACGGGUUUGGAAGAAGGUUCGAGAACAGAGGCACCUUUGCCUUUGCCCGUCCUCUCUGAGGAAGUGGCCCUCGCGAGCGACACGAAUGGAGGUGUCCUGGACGAUGUAGACUUGCCCAUAGUGGGUGAUGAGGUUUGCAUUCUGGACGGGGAUGGUGAAGCUGGAAGCGAUGACUUCAACUUGUCCGACGAUGACGUUCCUGUUUUCCUUCCUGUGGCGGAGAUUGUCGAGCCAGCAAAGGCGCUGGAUUUGGACUUGCCAGCAGGACCAUGGAGUGACGAAGACUUGGAGAUGUUUUCAAGUAUGAUGGACGCGCAUUUUGCAGAUGCCAAGUCGAAGGGUGAGCGCCCUGCCUGA